AUGGGAGAGAGAUUCUUCCGAAAUGAGAUGCCGGAGUUUUUUCCGGAAGUAGCCGGCGGAGAGGAAACUGUUUCCGAAGGUAAAGAAUCGCUGGCGAAGCUGCUCUCACUUCCGUACAGUUCAUUUUCUGAGAAGCUUCAGAGAUAUGCUCUAAGCCUCAAAGAUAAGGUUGUGUAUGAGACAUGGGAACGAUCUGGAACACGUGUUAAAGACUAUAGCCUGUACACUGGAGUUCUCGGGACAGCUUAUCUCUUGCUCAAAUCCUAUCAUGUCACUAAAAAUGAAAACGAUCUGAAGCUAUGCUUAGAGAUUGUUGAGGCUUGUGAUGUAGCUUCAAGAGAUUCUGAGCGAGUGACAUUCAUAUGUGGCCAUGCUGGUGUAUGUGCUCUUGGUGCUGUUGCAGCAAAGCAUAUUGGUGAUGACCAGUUGCAGGAACGUUACUUAACCCGUUUCCAUGAGAUUAGGCUUCCCAAUGAUUUGCCAUACGAGUUGCUAUACGGUAGAGCAGGGUACUUGUGGGCAUGCCUGUUCUUGAACAAGCAUAUUGGAAAGGACAGUGUAUCAUCGGCAAGAAUGAGAUCUGUGGUUGAUGAAAUCUUCAAAUCAGGAAGACAAAUGGGGGAAAGAGGAAAGUGUCCAUUGAUGUACGAGUGGCACGGGAAGAAGUAUUGGGGAGCUGCUCAUGGUUUAGCCGGGAUCAUGAAUGUUCUCUUGCAUAUGGAACUUGAGCAAGAUGAAAUCCAAGAUGUUAAAGGAACACUAAGAUAUAUGAUUCUGAAUCGUUUCCCAUCCGGAAACUACCUAUCAAGCGAAGGAAACGAAACAGACCGCCUUGUUCACUGGUGUCACGGUGCUUCUGGUGUUGCUCUCACACUCGUUAAAGCAGCUCAGGUUUUUAGGACGCAAGCGUUUGUAGAGGCAGCAAUGGAUGCAGGAGAAGUCGUGUGGGAACGUGGAUUGCUUAAACGAGUAGGAAUCUGUCACGGCAUUAGUGGAAACACAUACGUGUUUCUUUCUCUGUACCGGUUAACCGGAAAAGCAGAGUACUUGUUCCGAGCAAAGGCUUUCGCGUCUUUGCUUGAUAAAUCGGAGAAGCUCAUCUCAGAAGGUGAAAUGCAUGGAGGAGAUAGACCCUUCUCUCUCUUUGAAGGCGUCGGAGGAAUGGCCUUCAUGUUUCUCGACAUGAACGAUCCAACUCGAGCUCUGUUUCCAGGUUACGAGCUUUAA